AUGAAUGCCCUCGCGAUCGCCGUGCUGGCCGUCUGCGCCAGCGCGGCUGCUCAUCAGAGGUACGCUGCCGUCGACAUGACGCCCGUCCUGGGAGCCCUGGUGCCGCGCUUCCUCAUCGACGCCCCGAAGUUGGCGAUCCGCGACGGAGGGAUAUGCAAUCCGAACUACCACUCAUGUGUCGACAUCGGCUUCCCCGAAACGUGCUGCGCAAACACGAACUACUGCUACGUCAAGCCGGACAACCGGCCGUGGUGCUGCCCCGUCGGCUCCAACUGCGACUCCAACUGCGCUGCCACGGCCUACCAGUGUCCCACUACCGUCACCCGCACCAUCUCGGAGACCGUCACGGGCGGCGGCGGCGGCGGCGUCGUCACCACCUCCGUCUCCUCCGCCUGCUGCGGCCGCACCUGCCCCUCCACCUCGGCCUUCCGCUGCGAGUCCCGGUUCGGUGGCGGCUGCUGCUCCUACGGGCAGACCUGCGUGCCGGGCGGCGGAUGCGCGCGCGCCGUGACCCCGACCACCUCCGCCACCGCGCUGACGCCCGUCGAUCCCGGAUGCACGGCCACCACGCAGCACGCGUGCGCCGACGGCGGGUGCUGCGACAGGCUCUGGGACUGCGUCGUCGUCAGCGGCACCGCGGCGUGCGCGCCGGGGCGCCCCACGGCGACGGACGUGCGGAUCGUGGACGAGGCCUCCGACGGGCUGUCGACCGGCGCCAAGGCGGGCAUCGGCGUGGGCGUGUCCGUCGUUGGGUGCGCGCUCGUGGUGCUCUCCGCGUGGUUCUGUCUGUUCAGGCGACGGAGACGGGGGACGGCGACGGCGUCGUCCCGGCCCAGCGGCGGCGGUGGCGGCGGGGCGAGCCGCAGACCGGGGCGGAGUGCGCGCGCCAUGUCGGAGGUCACGUCCAGCUCGCGACCGACGAUGUGGCGCGGCGGGACGCAGGAAUACUUUGGCCCGGAUGCCGUGGCGGGGCCGUACACGGAGACGGAGACGACCACGCAGGGCAGGGGGAGGGGCGUGCCGCUGCAGGCGCACUCGCCGAGAGACGUCGUCGCGCCGGUGGAGAUGGACUCGGUGGGCGUGGUGGCGGAGGCGGAGGCGGAGGUGAAGGCAGCGCAGGAGAGGUACGAGCUGUACGGGUCCGAGGUGGCGUCGCCCUCCGCGGGUAGCAUCGCCGGCUUCUCCAUGAUGGACAGGUCGCCGGGUCCCCGCGUCAGAGAGGGGCAUUCAGCAUGA